AUGCCUCGUCAGUUGUCUGAAAAGGCUCAAAUUGUAUCAAGAAUCGAAGAAGGAUGGUCAAUCCGUGCUGUAGCGCAGUUGUAUAAUAGAAAUAAAAAAACCAUAUUGAAAAUUAAGCAACGCUGGGAACAGGAAGAUUCCCUAAAGAGGAAAAUUGGUUCAGGUCGUCCCAAACUUACCAACCCUGAACAGGAUGCUGCUUUUUUGGGAUAUUUAAGAAAUAAUCCAUUUGCAACUGUAAGGGAUGCUGUUAUUGAUACAGCAUUUCCUGCCUCCCAACUACCGCCAGCAGGAGAGUAA